GCAAGGUUUUGAAGAUCUACCAGUAGCUCUUUGAAAUUCAGGGAAGUUGGAGCUAACACACAACACCAUGUCUUGCCAGUGGAAGAGUGGAUCAGUUAGAUCAUCGGUGGGUGGCAGUAUCAGCGGCCACAGAAUCAGCAGUUUGGCUUUAGACCUGACUAAAGGGUCCGAGUACUUUGGUGCCAAUUUUAGCUCCAGUGAUGGCCUCUUGCAUGGAGGUGAAAAGGAGACCAUGCAGAACCUCAACAUCCGACUGUCCUCUUACUUGGACAAAGUGAAAGCCUUAGAAGAUGCCAAUGCUGAGCUUGAAGCAAAGAUCAAGGAAUGGUACCUAAAACACCAGGCCAAAAACAUCCCAGGGGACUACAGUAAAUACUUCGCCAUUAUUGAAGAUCUCAAAAACAAGAUCUUAGUGGAAAGUACAGAAAACGCCAGAAUUGUGUUGCAGAUUGAUAAUGCCAAGUUGGCUGCGGACGAUUUUAGAAUUAAAUAUGAGAACGAGGCAUUACUCCACCAGAGUGUUGAAUCAGACAUCUGCGGUCUCCGUAGAGUAUUGGAUGAAUUGGUCUUCACCAAGUCCAGCCUUGAACCUCAGAUUGAAAGCCUUAAGGAAGAGAUUGAGUGUCUGAAGAGGAACCAUGAAGAGGAAAUGAAUGCUCUCCGAGGACAGAAGGGAGGUAUUAGUGUGGAGAUGGAUGCAGCACCUGGUAUUGACCUAACCAAACUUCUGAGUGACAUGCGCUCUCAGUAUGAAGAAAUUGCAGAACAGAACCGCCAGAGGGCUGAAGAAUGGUUUAGAGAAAAGAGUACCGAACUGAACCAGGAGAUCUCACACAGCAGUGAAGUGGUUGAAACCCAUAAAUCUCAGCUAACGGAUCUUAAACGCACAUUGCAAGAACUGGAAAUUGAGCUUCAAGCACAACUUGCUAUGAAAUGCUCCUUGGAGGGCUCAUUGGAAGAAACAGAGUGUUGUUAUAGCACACAGCUGUCACAGCUACAGAUCCUUGUCGGAAACGUUGAAGAGCAGCUCUGCCAGGUCCGCAGUGAUAUGGAACGUCAGAAUGCAGAGUACAAACUUCUGAUGGACAUCAAGACCCGUCUGGAAAUAGAAAUUGAGACAUAUCGUAGACUGAUUGAUGGAGAGCCAUGGCAAUACAAACCUGAACCAGUUCCAGUGAAGGAACCAAAUAAAACCAGGAAAGUCACAACAAUUGUGGAGGAAGUGGUAAACGGCAAAGUCGUAUCACAAAAAGUGAAUGAAACCGAAGAGAAGGUGUAACUGAGAAUGCCAUUCACAGCACUGAUGUGCUUAUUCCUCAAAGAUAUAUAUGUGUAUGCUUUUAUAUUAUAUUCAAUGCAACAGGGGACUGGGUGCAUCUAUGUUCUUUUAUAUUCAAUAAACAGUAUUGUGCAGUACAA